CCCAAAAGACAUCCCAUUGUUUUAGCACAUUAGUCCUGCUAACAACAAACCACAGUCCGGGAGGUAAGACAAGGAGUAUUCUUUCGAGAGCCGUAAACAUGAUUGCUUCUAUGAGAAUUUUUAGAAUAAUCUGCUUCUUUGCGCUUGCUCUAGGCGUUAUUGCCCAGUCAAAUGAGUUGGAGAGACUUUCAAUCAAGCCACCUUACAUUAAUCAUGGAAUGAGAAGCUUAUGGUGGGAAUAUGGUGGAAGCACUAUUAUCGAUAAAAAAAAUGGUAUCUUUUUGACUCAAGACCUGCAACAUCAAAGCGGAUGGCUUUCGACACGUUUACCCACUCCUACUAGUAGUUUUGAAGUAUUAUUUCAAUUUCGUGUCUCAAGUGAGUCCAGAAAUCUCUUUGGCGAUGGUAUGGGAUUAUUCUUGACUGAAGAGCGCGCUAAGACGGGUCCUGUUUUUGGUUUUACUGAUAAAUUCAAUGGUUACGGUAUUUUCUUUGAUACAUACAACAAUGAUCGCCCUGGAACUGUUUUCCCUCGUGUUGUUGUCAUGAAGGGAGACGGAAAGACAUCUUAUGAUAUUGAUCAUGAUGGAAAGGCCAACGAGAUUGAAGGAUGCAGUGCUUUACAUUUGCAUAGCACGGAUUACACCUUGGGCAAGUUGAAAUUCGACAAGAACGCUAAGAAGCUUCGUUUGGAACUCGCAUUUGAUGCUAGCUCCGAUUUUAUCAAGUGUUUUGAAUUGGAUGAUGUCGAUAUGCCCGCUACCGCUUUCCUCAGCUUUUCUGCUCGUACUGGUGAAUUAAGUGAAAACCAUGAAAUUCAUAGCAUUACCAGCCGAACCAUCACCAAUAUUGAUGACGAGUUCACUCCGGAAUUUUCGAAAGAAGAAUUGAAGGGAUCUACUACCAAGCGCAGCCCUUGGAAGCGCCGCUUCAUAUUCGUCCUUAUUUCCUUGAUUGUCGUCUUUUCUGUCUUUUCUUUACGUUCUUAUCAACAAAAACAGGAAAAGAUUCGUCGUUCUCCUGUCCUUUAA